CAACUCGGGCCCCAUGCACCACCAGCGGGUGCUGAUCAACAUCUCGGGGCUGCGCUUCGAGACGCAGCUGGGCACCCUCAACCAGUUCCCCGACACUCUGCUGGGCGACCCCGACAAGCGCAUUCGCUACUUCGACCCGCUCCGCAACGAGUACUUCUUCGACCGCAACCGGCCGAGCUUCGACGGAAUCCUCUACUUCUACCAGUCCGGGGGCAAGCUCCGCCGGCCCGUCAAUGUCUCCAUCGACGUCUUCGCCGACGAGAUCCGCUUCUACCAGCUGGGCGAGGAGGCCAUGGAGCGCUUCCGAGAGGACGAGGGCUUCAUCAAAGAGGAGGAGAAGCCCCUGCCUCGCAAUGAGUUCCAGCGCCAGGUCUGGCUCAUCUUUGAGUACCCCGAGAGCUCCAGCUCAGCCCGGGCCAUCGCCAUCGUCUCCGUGCUGGUCAUCCUCAUCUCCAUCAUCACCUUCUGCCUGGAGACCCUGCCCGAGUUCAGGGACGAGAGGGAGAUGCCCGUACCCCUGCCCCCACAAGGUGGAGGUUUGAAUGGCACGCCCGGGGACUCCCCACCCAUGCAGCCACCGAGUAGCCUGGCUGAUCCCUUCUUCAUCAUCGAGACCACCUGUGUGAUCUGGUUCACCUUCGAGCUCCUUGUACGCUUCUUUGCCUGCCCCAGCAAGCCCGAGUUCUCCCGCAAUAUCAUGAACAUCAUCGACAUCGUGGCUAUCAUCCCCUACUUCAUCACCCUGGGCACCGAGCUGGCCCAUGAGCAGCAGCAGCCCGGGGCUGGCAGCAGCAAUGGGGGUGGGGGCCAGCAGCAAGCCAUGUCCCUGGCCAUCCUCAGAGUCAUCCGCCUGGUCAGAGUCUUCAGGAUUUUCAAGCUCUCCAGGCACUCCAAGGGGCUGCAGAUCUUGGGACAGACUUUGAAAGCCAGCAUGAGGGAACUGGGUCUCCUCAUCUUCUUCCUCUUCAUCGGGGUGAUCCUCUUCUCCAGCGCUGUCUACUUUGCUGAAGCUGAUGACCCUGAGUCUCAUUUCUCCAGCAUCCCUGAUGCAUUCUGGUGGGCAGUAGUAACCAUGACUACAGUGGGCUAUGGGGACAUGAGACCUGUCACUGUGGGGGGCAAGAUUGUGGGCUCCUUGUGUGCUAUUGCGGGUGUGCUCACCAUUGCCCUGCCUGUACCUGUCAUCGUGUCCAACUUCAACUACUUCUACCACCGAGAGACUGACCACGAAGAGCAGGCUAUCCUCAAAGAUGAACACAGUAGUGCUCAGGGCAGCACUGGUGGGGGGGAAGUGAAGAGAAGACCCAGUAAAAACUCUCUAAACAAAUCUGUUGUGCACUUGGAAAACAGUGAGGAGUUCAACAGUGGCACCAGCUCCUUAGAGAAAGCCAAUAUCAAAGCGAAAAGUAAUGUAGAUCUCAGAAAAUCCCUCUAUGCUCUCUGUCUGGACACCAAUAGGGAAACAGACCUGUGAGGAAAGGAGACAGAGUUCAGAGGGGCAGAAGGAUUUUCUGGUGUCAAAGACUUGCUACUAUAAUUAUUCUUUUAGUACCAAUUAGUUUUUUAAGUCAGGCUGUAUUUUAUAAAUUGAUCACUGUCCUGAGCAGUCCUCCAGGAAUACAUGUUUUUAUGUUCUUUUUCCAUGACACAAAGGGUCACCUAUUUUUAAAAUAGACUAAGAAUAAGCUAUGCUCCAUGAUGCAGGAGCUGGUAAAUUAUGACAGUGAAAAAUCUAAUUUGUAGAAACUUAUUUUAGCAAAUGGUCAUUGGUUUUAAAUGGAUAAUUUGUAACUGAUUCAGUUGCCCCGAGUUUAGUAUAAAGAACUGGGGGGUGUGUGUGUGGAGAAUGACUGGAUUGGGGAUGGGAGGGGGGAGGUUGAGGGGUUUUGUACUGUAGUUUCAAACUGAAAUUAUUCAGAUAUAUUUUGUAUCUGUAUGACUGUAUUUAUGGUUGAAAGGAGAUUUCUUAUUCCUGUGAAAUAUGAUAUCAUUAAAGCACUAGGAACAUUAGCAGAUCAGCACUGAGUUUUCCACUAGUGAUCAGUACAGAUCUGGUUAUCUUGUAUGUGAAGUGAAUUUGGUGCUUUGAGCCCUAGAGCAGAAAACUUCUGUUGUCAUUGAUAUGUUAGUUUCUUGUGAGCCUUAAAUUAUUAAAUAUUGUAGAUAUUCUUCUUUAUAAAUAAGUGUAUUAGUUACCUUCCUCGUUCAGAAUUUCUAAGUAAUUCAGUCACGUGCUUACCGGCCCCACUCAAAAAAGUAUGUGCAGCUCAUUUUUUUUUUAUUUUUUUUUUUUUUGUGGUUUUACAGUUUUAUACCUUUGUUAUAUUUUUGAGACUGAAAGGAAAAAAACAUACUGUUACUGGUUUCAAUCCAGUGCACAACAGAUCAGAAGUGAUCUGAACAGAUUUUCAAGUGCACAACAGAUCAAAAACAUAAGGGAGUGGAUAGGCACAAUGAGAAAGUAGAAUAUUGAGUGCAAUAUCUGCAAAACUCCUUUCAUUGUACGCUCCAGGUUUCUUGAGCGUGUGUAUCAAUCACCUUUAUGUUGCACACACCAUUUGUGUACACAGUUCUCUGGAUUUGGUUAUCUUAGACCGGGAGUUGAUGGCACUACAGGAGUUGAACACAGCGUGCCGUGCUGCUAAAUAACCAUCGCGUGGCUUUUCUCUUGGACAUGGGUGGAAAGCACUAUCUUUUCAUCAAAACAUACCCCUGGUUUCUUUUAUUUCCAAACAAAACCUUCUCAGUGCUGUGGAUUUUACAGCUGAGGUGUUGUUGAAAGACGAGUGACACAUUCAUCAAGAUCAUAGCUUAUUCUGAAGACCGACACAAAGUUGCACCUUUAGCUCAAAGAGCUUUCCUACCAUUUCUCAUGCAAAGGACAUCUCUGUUUCCCCCUCCAACUUCUGUUUUAUUGCUGAAGGAUGUUCCAUGCCUUUCCCACAUCCUGUGACACAGCAAGAGUAGCAGGGAAGAGAAGGCAUGAUUGCCAACAUUGCUCAAGCAGCAUUUGUUGUCCUGAGGUGCUGACUCCAGUGGAAGAGAUUUUAGUGGAAGCUUCUCCUGCAGUGUGCACAAGCUUCAUUUCAGGUUGAGCCCUGUACUUUUACUAAAGGCUGGGACUUGCAUCCAGACGUGUCACUAAAGCUGUAAAAACAAGGAAGAACUGUAACCCUGACAAGUGCUGAAUACAGUUUGCUAAGGAGGCUGCAACAGCCAGAGCAGACACUGACCAUUAGGAAAACACUGCUGCAGAGUCUGAAACCAAACCAUCCUAUUCCUUGUUCUCAAGUCAUCUUGGGUUGGAAGCUGCUGAAAACUUCCUUCUGGAUAAAUAACUGUGACGUCCCCAUCAUCCCCAGGAUUGGAUUUCUUCACUGGGAUUACUGAAACACUGGUCUGCUCCAAGGCUUCUCUCAUAGAGGAAUUGUUCAGCUCCACAAUAGGAGUGAGAUAAGUUUAAAUGCUUUGGGGCUCACUCCCAGGCACAAGACUUUAUUAUUUGAGCUUUUGUUUGGAAAUAAAUUGAGUUCUUGUCAUAGAUUGGGCAUCUUCUCCCGUGGUUCUUACAUAUCAAACUUUCUCAUCAUUCUGGAAGAAGAUUCAAGUGUUUGUUCUCUUUCUUUUAUUGGCACUCAUCUUUAUUUAUUUUGUAUUCUUGAGAUGUGCUGCAUCUCUGGAGUUUGUAUUUCUACUUUUAGUGAAAAAUGCUGUACAUACAAGUCUAGAAUGCAUCUGAAGUUUAGUCUAAUUUUUCAUGUGACUUUGACUUGAACAUUUUUCUGUUUAUGUUUAUAUUUCUAUUUCAAAUAUGUGCAUUACCUGUAUUCUUUAAGCCUUUUCCCCAUCUAUAACUCAAUAAAAUAAUGUCCACGUUCUUCAGAACCA